AUGUCGAAAUCUGCCAGCAACAAGGAGAAGAAAUCCUUCAGCAAGAAGCUCUUCCGGAGGAGCUCGGUGCGCUCCGUGGGGAGCUUUAUGAACAGAGUUCUGCGCACCCUCUCCACUUUGUCUCAUUUCGGAAACGAGGAGCACAGCGCCGAGGAGGAGAAGGACGAGGCCGCUUUCCUGCCCACCCAGACCCUAGGCUCGGUUCCCUCCGACGACAGCGACUGCGGGGGUUUCCUGUUCGGCGACAAAGUUCCGGGCGUCUCCGGGCUGAAGAACCACGGGAACACGUGUUUCAUGAACGCCAUCCUGCAGUGUCUGAGCAACACCGAGCUGUUCGCGGAGUACCUGGCCCUGGAACAGUUCCGCGGGGGCGACACGGCCAACAACGACAAGACCAAGUCCAACGGGGUCCUGGUCCAGAAGAGAGACCAGCAGCCGGCCACCGGGGAGGUCACCGAGCAGCUGUCCGGGCUCGUUCGGGCUCUGUGGACGUUUGAGUACACUCCCCAACACAGCCGAGAGUUCAAGAAUGUGGUUUCCAAGAGCGCCCUUCAGUUCAGGGGCAACGCCCAGCACGAUGCCCAGGAGUUCCUCCUCUGGCUGCUGGACAGGGUUCAUGAGGACCUCAACAACAUCAUCCACCCUGACAGCAGACCGCCCAGUAAGCCUCCAAUAGAAGUUGAAAAUCCACCUGAAGGGUCUCCACUACCAGCACCCGGCUCCUUUGUACAGGAGCUGUUUCAGGCACAAUACAGGUCCUCUCUGACCUGCCCUCACUGCCAGAAACAGAGCAACACCUUUGAUCCUUUCCUCUGCAUCUCACUGCCUAUCCCAGUACCUCACACACGGCCCCUGUAUGUGACGGUGGUCUACCAGGGAAAGUGCUCUCACUGUAUGAGAAUCGGGGUGGCGGUCCCUCUCUCCGGCACCGUUUCCAGAUUGAGACAGUCUGUGGCUCAGGAGACCAAAAUACCUGCCCAACAGAUCGUCCUCACCGAGAUGUACUACGACGGUUUCCAUCGCUCCUUCUGUGACGAUGACGAGGACCUGGAAAUCAUUCAGGAGAGCGACUCCAUCUUUGCCUUCGAGACGCCGGAGCUCUUCCGCCCGGAGCAAAUACGCUCGCAGCGCGCAGGGAGCCCUCACACGAACCUGAACCAGAACAACUUGAAGUACGGCACAGAUAAUAAUAGGACAUCCUCACAAAUACCAGAGCCCUCCACACCGCCACCGAGCCCCAACAAGAACCGCAGCCAGGCCGACAAGAUCGUGCUGUUGGUGUGCAACCGGGCCUGUGCCGGACAACAGGGCCGCAGGUUUGGUAAUCCGUUUGUGCUGUACUUGGAGAGAUCGGUGACGUGGGACGUCCUUCAGAAAGCGAUCCUGGAGAAGAUGCAACACUUUUUGCGUCCGGGGGUCUGCGUGCAGGUCGGACCGUUCAGUUUGCGUGUGGUGGGUGUGGUGGGAAUCACCUACCUCCUGCCACAGGAGGAGCAGCCACUCUGCCAUCCGUCUGUGGAGAGGGCAUUCAAGUCUUGUGGUCCCGGGGGUCCGCCGCACGUUAAAAUUGUCGUUGAAUGGGACAAAGAAACAAAAGACUAUCUUUUCAAACGCACUGAGGACGAGUACAUCCCCAAUGCUGAGAGUGUCCGGCAGACCAAGGAGCAGCACCUGCAGCCUCAGACCUGCUCCCUGGCCCAGUGCUUCCAGCUGUACACCAAGGAAGAACAGCUGGCUCCAGAUGAUGCCUGGCGCUGCCCACACUGCAAGCAGCUCCAACAGGGAAGUAUCAAGCUGAGCCUGUGGACGCUGCCAGACAUCCUCAUCCUUCACCUCAAACGCUUCAGACAGGACGCAGACCGGCGGAUGAAGAUGCAGAACAUGGUGAAGUUUCCACUCAUUGGCAUGGACAUGGCACCCCACAUGGUCAAGCGGAGCCAGAGCAGCUGGAGCCUCCCCUCACACUGGUCACCGUGGAGACGACCCUACGGGUUGGGCCGUGAUCCCGAGGACUACCUGUAUGACCUGUACGCCGUCUGCAACCACCACGGGACCAUGCAGGGAGGACACUACACAGCUCACUGUAAGAACUCCAUCGAUGGGCAGUGGUACUGCUUCGACGACAGUGAUGUACACGCCAUAUCUGAUGAUGAAGUCUGCAAGCAGACCGCCUACAUCUUGUUUUAUCAAAGACGUGCCACAAUUCCCUCCUGGUCGGCCAACAGCUCUGUUGGAGGGUCCACCAGUUCUUCACUGUGUGAACACUGGAUCAGCCGGCUCAUGGGAAGCCGCCCACCCAGCCAGGCCUCGUCGGGCUCAUCCAGACGCACCUCACUCGCCUCGCUGUCCGAGUCAGCUGAGUUUGGUGGGGAGCGGAGCGAAGAUGACGGCUUGUCCUCGCGCUCGGCAGUGAGGGGCAUGCAGAGACAGACCUUCUCCUCCAGGUCGUCCAUGGCUAGCCCACUGGCACUGAGUGAGAAUGGCUCUAAGCCCUCCUGGUCCCUCUCCGCCAAGCUCCAGCUUCGCUCCAACUCCCCGUCUCGCUUUUCCCUGGACUCCCACUCCUCCUCCCCCACACUGGAGAGGAUAGGGGAAGCUGUGGAUGACAAAGUCUCCACCUCCUGCUUCAGCGGGUCAGCCAAGCAAGACAAACUCUCUGGAGGAAAGUCGUUGCUAGUGGCCGUGGACAGUAACCCAGCUGGAAAGAAGCCGGCGGAGCUGAAGCCCAUGUCUCAAGUAGAGCAGAGGAGCACCAGCCAGGCUGGGGAAAACAACAACACGGCUCCUGGUGCAGAGCAGGCCAGCCCAGGACAUGGAGCAGCUGUCAAGGAAACCAAACAGAGUGGGCUGGGUGAAAGUGCCCUAGCCAGGAGGACCUCAUCCAAAUCUGUCCCAGAGCCUGAAAGGAGUCCGAAGAAGUGCAGCGCCGCCUCCUCCAGCUCUCCGUCUCACAGGUUCCCAGCUGCUGACAAGUCGCAGUCUGUGCCACAGGCCAAGGUCAGCACGGCGGCAGCAUCUCACUCCAAAGCUAAAGGUGAGGAACUACCCAAAGUUAGCAAGGCCACCUCCACGAAAACAGCCUCACCCUCCAAGAAGGGCAUUUCCCAAAUCCAGGAGACAUUACAUCCAGACUCUCCCCAGCAGAGAAGCAGUGGGUCUCCAGGAUUGCAGAGCUCACGCCCCCCGAGAAGGUCGUCGCCAAGAGGAGGGCCAGAGAAGAGUGCGGCCUCUGGCAGGACUAGAGCAGUGGACAGGAGUGCCAGCAGGGAGUCCUCGCGGACCAAUGCAGCAUCAGAGCGGAGGACGAACCACGCUGGUGCCUCCUCCAAGGAGAACGGAGGCUCAGCUCGGGCCGGAGAGGGAGGUAGAACUGAGGGGAGAUGUGGGCGGGGGGUGGAGAACAGGACUGGGGGGCGGAGCUCAAGCAGCAGCUCCUCAAUGACCAGCCUACGCUCCUCCAGUGUGGGCGUGUCCGCCUCCAGUGCAGUACCGCCUCCACGAGUGCUUAGGAGGAACAGUAAGACAGAGGACAAAGGUCUGUCCUUCUUCAAGACCGCCAUGAGGCAGAAGGAGACUCGUAAAUUGACUGACUCAGGGAAAGUGGCAUUGGCGGAGGCAAAGGGAAGUCCGGAAGACGGCGGAGGCGAAGCAACUACAGAGGCGUCAGGCAACGGGCCAAGCAAGAAGGUCCAGAACGUGGCUUUGGAGUUGCCCACCAAUCCAGCCCAAGCCAAAGACAAGGAGUCCUCCAAGACAUCCAACCCGGCCAAGCGUUCACUGCUUCCCUCCGCCAAGUCCAAGUCUUCCGGUGCAGAAACGACCGCCCAGGCCUCAGCCAAUGGGAAAGAGCCGUUUAAGAAAGAGCCGGUCAAAAAGACAAUGCAGUCGAGAAAGAUUCCUAUCAACUCAACAAAAAACACUCCCAAGUCCAAGUAAAAGUGAGUCUGGGGGCUCCAUGUCGUCCUCUAUUGAGUGCAGCUGUUAGGUGUUUUCAGCCAUCAAGCUAAGUCUCUCUUCUGAGAAACUUCUAGCAAAGCACCUGUAGCUUUCCAUCGAUCAAUGAAUACCAGCUGCCAUCUCCACUUUGUUAAAUAGUUAUUUAGGAAUGGAUUUAUCGAAAGCACUUUGUAUGAAUCGCAUAUUAAUGUAUAAACCUGUGGGCAGCACAUGUAUUGACAUUUCAUUGUUGACCGGUUCUGUCAGUAGCAUAACCUGGCGAGGUUUGUCUCGGUAACAACGAAGACGGCCGCUGUGCACAUGACGGA